AUGGCAGCAGCGGCGUCUGGGGCGCCGGCGGCAGCGCCGCCGCCGCCGCCUGCCCCGCCGCCGCCGUCCGACGAGGGGCCACCCAGCAUCCUGUCCCUGCCAGCCGAGGUGGCGCAGCAAGUGUUUGCCAGCCUGUCAGCCGCCGACCUGGCAGCCUGCAUGGCCACAUGCCGCGCCUGGCGCGAGGCGGCCGCCUGCCCGCCGCUGUGGCAGUCGCUCGCCGCACGCCGGUGGCAGCACGGCGGCACGGUUGGGCAGCUGGGGGCGCUGAGGCGGGACGGUCGCUGGCUGGAGCUGUACCGCCAGCGCCGCCAGCUGGAUGCGCGGGCGCUGUCCCUGCUGAGCGCGCUGCAGUGGCCCAACCGGCAGCGUGCCACGCUUGAGCAGCUGCUGCAGCUGCAUUACCCCGACGUGCGAGACGUGCUGCUGGGGCUGGCGGGGGCUGACUGCAUCCCCACCGCAGCCGCCAACAAGGACUGGCCCGACGUCGCCGCCGCCGCGGCCGCCGCGCCCUGCCUCGCGCCUUACUGGGCCCUGCAAGCCCAGGAGGAGCUGCAUGUGCGCCACUGCGCGCAGCGCUUGAGGAGGCAGGCAGCCAUGGUGGAGGCGGCGGCGGCCGUGCUGGCCAGACGGGCGGAGCAGGCAGGCGAGCCGGCGGCGGGCCCUGCAGGGGAGCAGCCCACAGGUGCCGCGGCGCCGGCCGGGCAGCAGCCGCCUGGCGCCGCUGCUGCUGCUGGCUCUGCGGCGACAGGCGGCGAUGCGGCGGCGGAAGCGGCUGCCAUGCUUCGCCAGGAGUGGGAUCGCGGGGAGAGCGCCGCGGCGGGCCAGAGCCACGCCUCUGCCUGGGCCGGCGUGAUGCACGGCAAGGCCGACGAGCAGCUGCGCAUGCUGGUGGCGCUGGCGUUUGAGGAGGGGGCGCUGGCGCUGUCGGCGGUUCACCAGCACUUUGCAGAGCUGGCCUGGGUGAGGCAGGCGCUGGAUGCACUCGGGGUGGAGCUGCGCCACCGCAUGGAGGCUGAAGGCGUGCGCGGCGGGCUGCCCGCGCUGCGCCUGCUGAGCCAGCUGCUCUUUGGGCCGGGCCCGCCGCCACGCCACUACCACUUUGCCAGCAUCCCGCCACCAGACGGCCACGGGAUGGAGAUCACGGCAAGCGCUGGGCCCGCCUCCACGCCGCUCUGCCUGUUCAGAGCUGCUAGUCCUUUCUGCCGCUGUUGCCACGGGUACACCCGGUGCUGGUGCUGA